CACAGUUUUACACUGUUAAAAGUAUGUAUUUAUGUGCCCUUCUCUCUAUCUCACUCGCAUUCUGAAACGGAAGAAAGACAAAAAGAGAACAAAGCACCGCAACUCUGCAUACCCACCGGAGACAAGAGCACAGCCGGCGGUCAUCUCCCUUUCGCCGCCCUUUUUCCGGUCAAUCUCGCUCUCCAUCUGCACUGUGGUGCAACCUUUCAUUUUAUAAAGUGUUCCAAAAGCUAGAUGAUUGGUGGUUGCAAAGUAUUGCUGACUUACAAGCGAAAGAGGCAGCAUGUUUUGCACAGAGAAGGGGUUGCUAAUUCAUCCGCCAAUUUCCCAGAAUCCUCCCCAGUUUCACCACAGAAGAACGGAGAAGCAACUGAUGAAAACCAUAGGUCGAAUGAUGAAAGAAAAGAAUCCGAGGGUCCUCAUCAAGACGGCUGCUCGCUUCAAUUGUGUGGUAAAGCAGAAUCUAAUAUUGCUGAUCCAAUUAAGGAAAGAAAGUUUCACUCCCCUUUCCGAACAUUUCAUCGAAGAGUCAAACAGAAUAAUCAAGGAGAGUCUAAAAUUGCUAACAAUUGCUUUGAAGAUGCUUCUGCAAAUCAAAAGCAUGAAGAGCCAACUAGUGAUGAUGGUUAUCAUUCAUGUGUUUCUACUGGAUCAGCUCCUCAGAUGAAAACACAUCUUGAAGUUAACAAACUACCUCAAACAGUGGACGAUGCGUCCUCACCUAAUGAAGUAGCUUUUGGGGGCUCUGCAUCAAGCCCUUCUGGUUUGCAUAAAAGUGUUGCUGUUGAUGAGGCGAAACAGAUCUUAGUGAAAUCAUCGAUACAAGCUCAGGGAAAUUCAUGUUCUGCCACGAAAAAUGCAGAGGUGACAGAGAAUCAAAUUAUAGAUCUGAAUAUCUCAGAAUUUCUUGAUGACAAUGCAGAUACCAGAGAUUCCCUAAAUUUGGGCUUAUCCGUUCAUUUGUGUGAUUCUUCUGAAAGAACGGGUUGCAAUAAGAAGUUGGUAUGUGAUGUGGCGGAUGACCAACCGAUUUGUACUACACCAGACACAAAUGGAAAUUGUUGCAAAAGCUCAGGGCUGAAGAAUUAUCCAUCACAGCUCUCCACACAGGACAUAACCUAUGAUUUCUUUCCAAUAUCAAGCUCACCAAAAAAGAUCAACACCAUCGCCAAGGAUUCUAAUGAUGGAAAUCACCCACAACAAGAACGUGAAUUCCUCCCAAAGCAUGUCAGCCCAAACCCUGCACUUUUUCUCCAUCAGGUGGGUCCACCAAUGGUUGAAAGACCGCCACCUACACCUGCUUAUGUUUCAAAUUCCCUUCAGUGGUUGAGAGAAUUUAAACGAAAUGCGGUUCCUCUCCACCCUCCAUCUGACCAAACCUCUUCACUUUUCCGACAUCAGAUGAUACUUGACAACAUAGUCAGCAGAGCCACAUCAAGGAAAAGGAAAAGGAAUCGAGUCCCAAUGAAUGCAAUGAUGUGGUCUGAGGAGGAGCUCGAUUGUCUUUGGAUCGGGGUGAGAAGACACGGGAGAGGCAAAUGGGAGGCCAUGUUGAGGGACCCACGGCUCCGUUUCUGUUCUUGGAGGUCCGCCAGAGACCUUGCUGAGCGUUGGGAGGAGGAACGGUGGAAACUCAUGCAUGGUGGAUCCGCUUCUCAAGUAAAACAACUGAGAAAACUGGACCCAUAUCGUUCAAAUGAUGUUCAGCUCUCACUUGGAGCAAACACUGGAACCUUUUGUCUUAAUCCUCACAUGUUUGACCAAUCUGAAAGCCGUCCAGUGUUGACUCAGGAUUCGUUUACUGUGGGCCAUCCAGCUGACAUGGCGGUGAGAGGGAAUUUGCCUAGCUGGAUUAGAGAAGCGGUGUCGAUGCCUAUUAGGCCUCCUCUCUCAGGAUUACAACGGGCUAAUCCCAUUGUCUUCCCAGAAUCUAAUGAAUCAGUGGAUAAAUUAAGCAGCCUCCACAACAUCACAACUGUCUCUGGCAAUUAUCCUACUGCUCAAAAGGAUGAGUUCAUUAUCAACAACAACGAUGGCUCUUCAGAGGAAACAAUAUCUGAUGAUCAUAAUAAUUAACCUUCAGUCUUAAUUUGCAGCCAUGGAAGCUGUAGAAAGGUAGGUAGUUGAGUUAUCUGUACAUUUUGUAUUGUACCCUUUAAUUAAAUAAGAAUUCCUAGUAAUGUAAUUUGUUGAGCUGUCAUAAGGGCCUGAUUAUAACAUAUGGUGGUUAGCAUUGUACUAUCGUAGUAUUUAUUUCAUAAUUCCCCAAAUAUGAAGCAUUAGGAACGUUUUUGUUUGAAUCAAACCAUCAGGAACUGUUUUUAGUGAUUCUUUUUGUUCCACC